AUGAGCCCUGGACCCUUUGUCUCACAGGCCCUGCCCUACGUGGCAUUGCUGAUCGUGAUGCUGUUCUUCAUCUACCAUGUCAUUCACAGAUGUUUGGGAAAAAUCGCCCUGGUGGAUGGAACCCAAAUCAACCGGAACAACAACUUCCAGACCUUCCCACAAGCCAUCCUGCUGCUCUUCAGGUGUGCGACAGGCGAGGCCUGGCAGGAGAUCCUGCUGGCCUGCAGCUACGGGAAAAAGUGUGACCCCGAGUCUGACUGGACCCCAGGGGAGGAGUACACCUGUGGCACAGGCUUCGCCUACUUCUACUUCAUCAGCUUCUACAUGCUCUGCGCCUUCCUGAUUAUCAACCUCUUUGUCGCUGUCAUCAUGGACAGCUUUGACUACCUCACGCGGGACUGGUCCAUCCUGGGUCCUCACCAUCUGGACGAAUUCAAAAGAAUCUGGGCAGAAUACGACCCGGAAGCCAAGGGAAGAAUCAAACAUCUGGAUGUGGUGACCCUGCUGAGACGCAUCCAGCCUCCCCUGGGCUUUGGGAAGUUCUGUCCGCACCACGUGGCUUGCAAGCGCCUGGUGUGCAUGAACAUGCCUCUGAACAGCGAUGGCACCGUCACCUUCAACGCCACUCUCUUCGCUCUGGUGCGGACAGCCCUCAAGAUCAAGACGGAAGGUAACUUUGAGCAGGCCAACGAGGAGCUGAGGGCCAUUAUCAAGAAGAUCUGGAAGAGAACUAGCAUGAAACUCCUGGACCAGGUCAUUCCACCAAUUGGAGAGGAUGAGGUGACCGUGGACAAGUUCUACGCGACCUUCCUCAUCCAGGAGCACUUUAGGAAGUUCAUGAAGUGCCAGGAGGAGUAUUAUGGGUAUCGGCCCAAAAAGAACGCCAUUGCUAUCCAGGCCGGUCUGAGAAGCAUCGAAGAGGAAGCUGUGCCCGAGAUACACCGAGCGAUCUCUGGGGACCUGACCGCCGAGGAGGAGCUGGAGAGGGCCAUGAUGGAGGCAGCGAUUGAGGAAGGGAUAUACAGGAGGACGGGUGGCUUGUUCGGUCAUGUUGACUCCUUCAUGGAGAGGAACAGCCCCCUGCAGCCCCACGUGACCAGCCAGAGACCCCUGCAGUUCACCGAAGUGGGGAGUGAAUAUUUGGACUCCCCUGUCUUCCUCGAUGACUUCCCCCCGGACAGGAACACCAACACCAACAACAGCAACACAGCCACACGGAUGUGUGCGCCCUGGACUGGAGCCUGCGACGUCGUGCUGGUGGGCCUGCGCCGGCUCCGAGCGACGGGAUACAGGGAGGCGAGAGCCCACCGCCACUCAGUUCCUUCUCAGCCGCCUGUGGCUCGAGACCGAGUUUUCGGCGGGAUGCAGUACGAGGACGAGCUGCGGAGGGAGAGGAUGCUGCCGGCAUCCUGCCAGCCACAGCCACAGCCACACUCUGCCCUGGGCCACAACCGCUCCUUCCGCCUGGAGAAGCGGCAGCGGUGGCUGGACAGGAGGCGUGCAGCCAGUGUCGGCGGAUGCCCGGGAUUGGAGCUGCAGCUGCCCAGAGAGGAGGCUGCUGCCCAGGAGCGGGGAGCGGACCUGACCUCCGAGUGCCAGCUGGAUGGCGGCAGUGACAUGAACGGGGAGGGAGACGCUGCUGCCUCCACCCCAGCCACCACCUUACUCAUCCAGGAGAUAGCAGCUCUGCUCUCCAGGGGCCUGGGCGCUCUGGCCCGCGACCCAUCCUUUGUGACGGCCAUGAGAGCCGAGGUGGCUGCCACCUGCCAGCUGGAGAUGGUGCUGAUGGAAGAGGCCGUGGCCGAGCUGCUGAGGGGAAGGGAAAGCCCGGAGGGAGCAGAGGCCGGUUCCACCCACUGA